GAAAAUACAAGCUGGCAAUAAAGAAGAAGACUCUUCUGAGGUGAAGCGACCAGUUCACGAUUAGCUCUUCCCACAAGAACCCUGCAGAAUGAAACGCGCUGAAGAACAAACAGAGCUGAUGGAAGAGAACGAGGAGAGUGAAGAACUGAGUGAAGUGGAGGAGGAACAUCAUGACAAACCUGGAGAAGAACCUUUAAGUCGCUCAAAGACCAAAAAUAAAUUUUUAAAGAAAAGAAGAGCCAAGAAAUCUACAACCUGCACUCAGUGUGGAAAGAGUUUCAGAAGGAAAUAUAAUCUAGAGAAUCACAUGAGGAUCCACACCGGAGAGAAGCCGUUCAGAUGUGAUCAGUGCGGAAAGAGUUUCUCAAAUAAACCAAAUUUUGAUGUUCACCUAAAAGUUCAUACCGGAGAAAAGCCGUUUAUGUGUGAUCAUUGUGAAAAGAGAUUCUCAAACAAACAAAGUCUUCAUGUUCACUUGAGAGUUCAUACGGGAGAAAAACCAUUCACAUGUGAUCAGUGCAGGAAGAGCUUCAGUCAAAAACCAGGUCUAAUGGAACACAUGAAGAUCCACACCGGAGAGAAACCGUAUGUAUGCGAACAAUGUGGAAACUAUUUCACAUCCAAACAUAGUCUUGAUGCUCACAUGAGAGUUCAUACUGGAGAGAAGCCGUUCAAGUGUGACCAGUGUGGGAAACGUUUCACGAGAUCAAGAAACCUUAAAGAACACAUGAUGAUCCACAAUGGAGAAAAGCUGUUCACAUGUGAUCAGUGUGGAAAGAGUUUCAGACGCAAACACAGUCGUGAGAUUCACAUGAGAGUUCAUACCGGAGAGAAACCGCAUGUGUGCCAUCAAUGUGGGAAGGGUUUCCUCCGAUCAGCACACCUUAAAUCACACAUGAAAAUCCACACUGGAGAGAAACAGUUCACAUGUGAUCACUGUGAAAAGAGAUUCUUACACAAACAAAAUCUAAAGAUUCACAUGAGGAUCCACACUGGAGAGAAGCCGUUCACAUGUGAUCAAUGUGGCAAAACAUUUCUUAGGGCAUCAGUCCUGAAGGCACACCUGACAGUUCAUACGAAGGAGAAACCGCAUUCAUGUUCUGUGUGUGGAAAGAGUUUUUCACUGCCGCAAACUUUACAUGUACAUCAGAAAACACAUAGUGGUGUGAGAGAGUACAUGUGCUUUGAGUGUGAAAAGACUUUUACUUCAGCAAACAGUUUAAAACAGCACCAGAUUAUUCACACUGGAGAAAAACCUUACAAGUGUUCACACUGUGACAAGAGAUUUAGUCGGUCUUCAAAUCUGAAAACACAUGAGAGGAUCCACAGCAGAGAGAAACCUUAUAAGUGUUCACACUGUGACAAGAGAUUCAGACAGUCAGGAUAUCUGAAAACACACGAGAUGUUCCACACUGGAGAGAAGCCGCACACGUGUGAUCAGUGCGGAAAGAGUUUCGCUAUUAAAAGUUACCUGAAGAUACACGAGAAGAUCCAUGCAGUGGAGAAACCAGAUCACCGCAGUCUGAAAUCACGACCUGAUGGACAUGAACCAGAAAGAGAAAACAGAAGAAGAAAAAAAUUGUGAUCUGCACUCAGUGUAAAAAGAGACUGACAUGGGUAUCAGUCCUGAAAAAACACCUGAGGAUUCACAUAAAGGAGAAGACUCCUUUGUAAUAUUACAGCAGAAAAGACAUGGCAGUGUGAGUUUAAGUGAAGAAAGUCCUUUAUUACAGAAGAUGAACUGAAAGAGCACCAGAAAAUUCACACUGGAAAAAACCUUUCAAGGCAUAGUUCAGGGAGCUGAAGAACAGGCCAUAACAUGUUUAAGAAAUAUAUUAUUUUUUAACUUGUUCUUAAUUGUUUUUCAUAA